AUGAGUAGCUAUAAAGACGACGUUGAACACAAUAGAUCCAAUCGGUACUCUAGUCUGUACCAUGAUUGGUUUAUGAUUGGUAUAGGAUGUUUUACAUACUUCCUGGUUGGUCUAUCACUUACUCUGGUUUAUGUACUAUGUGAGAUGGAUUAUUUUAUGUUAUCUGGUUUAUUUCGUAUUCAAAGAUUCUUUUCAGACGAUGCAUAUUACUUCAGUAAACAGGUAACAUUAAUGUAUGGUGUUAUUGGAUUCAUCCUUACAUUGCUGAUUGGACCUAUUGGUAAGGUAUCAUGUAUAUUAUGGUCAUGGAUCCUAACACUGACAUAUCUUGUGAUUGGAACAUACUCGUACUUGAUUGGAUUUACACAGUACGGGAAGCUCUUAAUUAGAUCAAUGAGCAUCAUAUCACUCAUAACACACAUCCUUAUGUGUAACUUCAUAUUCUUCCUAUUUGAUCCAAUGCAAAGUGGUCAUACCAAGACUAAUGAAAGUGUCUCAUCAGACCAUAACGGCAAACACUCUUCAGUUAUUGGUCCAUACGGAUCACUUGUAUACUAUAGGGUAAUAUUGUUUCUCGUCGGAUUUUUUCUCGGAUCACCAAUUGUCUCAUUUGUCCUGAGGAUGAGUCUGUCGGUUACUACAUUCUCUGAAAAGGACCCAGUAAUGUCUUCAGUUGAUUUGUGCAGAAUAAUGAUGCUGAUGUUCUCAAUAACCGUCACGGCCAGUACAUUCCUGACGCUCACGUUCUCAAAUGGCCUAAGUCCAAAAACAGAUCACAUUUGGUUUCCAUUCCGAAUGAUAUCUUACAGGACAUUUAAGAAGACAAUGUUUAACUUCUUUGACCUAGAGUUGCUACUUGUGGUAUGGAUCGUCAAUCCUCUCAUCAUGACUCUAAUUCCAUACACAACUAGGAUCCACUUCGAGUUUCACAAAUUCUCACUAGUUCACAGGUUAUUGUUCUCAAUGUUUAUGAUUGGGAUAAUGGUACUCAUGCAUAGAGAUAUACUCUACAGCUGUAUCAGUACCAUUAAACUAAUUAAUGCAUCUAUAUUCAACAUACUGUAUACUGAUGGAUACACACAGAUAUAUGAUGAACAUCUUAGGAAGGAACCAGUAUCAACAACUCCAUAUUCUAACUACACUGUGAGAACAAACGUUAGUACAGAACCGAUGGUUGUUCCACAUGAGAUUUCAAUUCAAUCAGUUGUAUCAUAUCCUUAUCUUGAGAAUGGCUGGGAUGAUGUUGAAAAUGAAGAUAAAAAGCUCUUAUGGAGGUCAUAUCACAUGCUUCAAUCACUUCAGAGACUAACACAUCUCAUUAAUACUGGAGGUGAUAUGGAUAUCCGUAACAUCUUCUCUGACCCAGAACUAUCACUGUGUAAGCCACAAAUAGAUAAUUCAGAUGAUAUAUCAGAGAACAAUGCUGAUGACUCAAUGAAAAGCAUAGUCUUUCUACUGAAUGAGUACAGAAGUGAGCUGUUAUCAAUGUUAGGUAAUACAAUUAAUAGAUACUGGUUUGACAAAUUCGUUUUUUCACGUUCUGAAUGUUGUACAACCAACUUGCUUUUUCGCAUAGUUCUCACUUUAUUGAUCAAGUUUAAAAAACUGGAUUCGUCAAUUUCUCAAUUCCCAUCAUGUACAUGCUAUUCUUCUAUUAUUUCCCUUUUUUAUAUAAUUUUACUUCUCUCCGUAAUUGCUACUUCAAAAAUUUUGUUCAAGUUAACUGAUCACAUGACUGAAGAGGAAACACAAAACAUUCAGUCUGAUCAAUCGCUCAGGUCUACUAUACUAUUACAGAAUAUAUCUAGGUUGACAAAAGAUUUGAAUGAUCUUGUUUGGAUUUUACUGUCUAAUAGUUCAUUACUUGAAUCUAGAAUGGUUUUGCUUAGAUUAUGUGAGUAUGAAUUUAAAGUAUCCGCUAUUCUCGAAGUACUCAAACCAGUUGAUAAUUGUUGUUGUGUUUGCUGUUAUAAAUGCAAAAAUAACAAGGUUGAGGGUGAAAAUAAUGAUAAUAAUAAAGAAUGUAAUCUAAAAGAAAAGUUGACUGUUUUAAACCCAAAAGGUUUGAGUUCGUAUACUGAUUUUUUAUCUGAAAACAUAGUUGAAGGAAAUCACCCCUGUAUGUGCAUAGUUAUUAAAUAUCUCGAUGUUAUCUCCGCAAUAAGUCUCUUAACGUCUUAA